AAAAGACAAACACUUUUCGCAGAAAAAAAAAAGUUGGAUUUCAAAAACAAAGAAGAUUAGAUAUGGUUUUGAAUGUGACAUCAUAAACAAACACACCGAUCUUCGUCCAGAAAACAUGAAAAAUUCGGUGGGUUUUGUUUUAAUUCUUGUUUUUUCAUAGUUUAGUUCCACUUUUUGUUGUUGUUUUGGGGUUCAGAUUCAAUUCAAUCUGUUGCUGAGUUCACCCUUCAAUGUUGCUUGGUAUAUAAAGUGGCUUUAGGAGAGGAAUCAUCAAACAUGGUUCAUAAACUGGAAGCUAUCCAUGGCGGUGGUGGAUCAAUUAAGUUGGGGACUAAAGGGACAAUUAGUUCCCUUAUGACAAAGGAGCUAGACUCCAUUAAAACACCAAAGCAAGCACCACCUAGACACAAAUCUCAGGCGAUUCCUGCAUCGGUUGCCUGUUCUUCAACGACUCUAAAACGAUUACAACCAAGGAAAUCAUUGGAUGGAGCCGGCACCUGCAGGGGUCGCAACAGCACGAGUUAUAAAAGCCCCCAAAGUACUAAAAAUGUCCAUCAGAUGCCAAUGCUUGGCUCUGAAAAUGUUGCAUUAGAAAGAACACCUAUUAGACAAAAAAGUGACAAGAAAGUAGUAUCAAACAUUGUUGAAGUAGUGGACAUAAAAUGUGGGAAUUCAGAUCGGGCAUGGUCGACCCCUAUAACGAAUCGUCUCAAGAAGCUUGGAUUCUCCAAGCUUUCCGAGACCAUCGUCUAGAUUUCCAACUUCUUUGAAUCCGAUUUCAGGUUCCUAUAUCCGGAACCCGAAACCCCGACCGGCCUAUUCUCCGAAACUUCCACCACAGAACAAAUGCUUGCUACAAGUUUGCUAGCUCCUCUUUUUUUCUUCUUUUCAGCUGCCACAACUGGUCCAACAAUAGGCCUACCAUGUGGCUUCUUCGAGCUUUCUCGGCAGCUUAAUUCGAGCUCAAGCCUGUUGAAGUACUUGAUCUCUUGCAUUACCAAGGAUCCCACAGUGCCUUUGGUGCCUAUUUCAAUAGGAUGAUGUGCAGCCAUAUCAACUGCAACAUUUUUACCACUGGAUUUUGAUCUUUGCAUGCUUUGCUUUUGGUGUUUCCACUGGUUUUAGUUCUUUGCCUCUUUAUUUAAAGUGAACUGCACUGAACAUUUAAGCUUCUAACUGAAAAUGUCUGUUUUGUUUUAACUACAUUACAUUGGUUUUAUUUUAAUGUUGUUUGGUGCCA